CUCAUUUCAGUUUAUGGCAAAUCUGUGUCCACUUCUGCAAAUAUACGGCGUCUGUAGAGUCUUUAAUCCGCCGUGUGAACCGGGAUGUUGGGGGAUCCACGAAGCCCUGCGCUCCUGGGCAUGGUUCUCUUAUCACCAUGAAAUGAAUGUUGGCUAUAUCUCGCAGACAUCUCUCGUUAUCAACAGUAAACACGCCACAGUCUAGCCCGCAAACUAGAGGUUCCUCAGUUGAAUUUUAGCCGUUUUUUUUUGUUUUUUUUUUAAAUUCUUUGACGGUUGAGAAUAAGAAGAAGAAGAGGAAGAAGAGGAAGAAGAAGAAGUAGAAGCAGCAGCAGCAGCCACAGGGAGCAGAACCAACGGCUGCUUGACAGGUGCCGCCGCCCGGCUCUGCGUUGAGAGAUGCCGCCCGUCCAGAGAACGAUGUCUGAUCUUCGUACUCGGGCGGAGGGAUAUGAAAAGACAGAGGACACAUCAGAAAGGACAUCCUUAGCUGACCAAGAAGAUGCACGACUGAUAUACCUCAACCAGCCGCAGUUCACCAAGUUUUGCAGCAAUCGAGUGAGCACAGCCAAAUACAAUGUCCUCACCUUCCUUCCCCGGUUCCUCUACUCACAGUUCAGGAGGGCAGCCAACGCCUUCUUUCUUUUCAUUGCACUCUUGCAGCAAAUCCCAGAUGUGUCUCCCACUGGUCGCUGGACCACACUGGUGCCACUGCUCUUCAUUCUGGUGGUGGCUGCUGUCAAGGAGGUCAUUGAGGAUCUGAAACGUCACAAUGCUGACAAUGUUGUCAACAAAAAGGAAUGUCAAGUACUGAGGAAUGGUGCCUGGGAAAUUGUGCACUGGGAGAAGGUGGCUGUUGGGGAAGUAGUCAGAGCUGCAAAUGGGGAUCACCUCCCGGCUGACCUCGUCAUUCUUUCGUCCAGUGAACCACAGGGUAUGUGCUACAUUGAAACAUCUAACUUGGAUGGAGAAACAAACCUUAAAAUCAGACAGGGUCUCCAGUUGACUGCAGAUAUAAAGGACAUCGACAGCCUGAUGCGUCUCUCUGGGCGGAUGGAAUGUGAGAGCCCAAACCGCCAUCUGUAUGAGUUUGUUGGAAACAUCCGCCUGGAUGGACACAGCACAGUACCACUGGGUCCAGACCAGAUCUUACUGAGAGGAGCCCAGCUGAGGAACACCCAGUGGGUCCAUGGUGUGGUGGUGUACACCGGACAUGACACAAAGCUCAUGCAGAAUUCCACUCGGCCUCCUCUGAAGCUCUCCAAUGUGGAGCGUAUCACCAACUUUCAGAUCCUAGUGCUGUUUGGCUGCCUGCUGGCUAUCUCUCUGGUCUGCUCCAUUGGCCAAACCAUCUGGAAGUACCAGUACGGCAAUGAUGCCUGGUACAUGGAUCUCAACUCUCCAGAUGGCGGGGCGGCUAACUUUGGCCUCAACUUUCUCACCUUCAUCAUCCUGUUCAACAACCUGAUCCCUAUCAGUCUCCUGGUCACACUGGAGGUUAUCAAGUUCAUCCAAGCCUUUUUCAUCAACUGGGAUACUGAUAUGCUCUAUGAGCCCACAAACACACCUGCUAUGGCUCGCACCUCUAAUCUGAAUGAAGAAUUAGGACAGGUGAAAUACAUUUUCUCUGACAAGACAGGGACUCUGACCUGCAAUGUCAUGCAGUUCAAGAAGUGCACCAUCGCUGGUGUGGCCUAUGGUCACGUGCCUGAGGCUGAGGAAGGUAGUUUUGCAGAGGAUGACUGGCACAGCACACACUCAUCAGAGGAGGCCGGUUUUAAUGACCCGAGCUUACUGGAAAACCUCCAAAGUAAUCACCCUACAGCUGCUGUGAUCCUGGAGUUCAUGACCAUGAUGGCCAUCUGUCACACUGCAGUCCCUGAGCGCACGGAUGGAAAAAUCACCUACCAGGCUGCAUCUCCAGAUGAAGGUGCUCUGGUAAGAGCGGCACGGAACCUUGGCUUUGUGUUUUCUGGUAGAACCCCAGACAGCGUCAUUGUGGAAAUGCUUGGAAAAGAGGAGCAGUACGAACUGCUUCAUGUGCUGGAGUUUACAAGUGCGAGGAAGAGGAUGUCAGUCAUCAUGCGCACCCCAUCUGGAAAGAUCCGCCUCUACUGCAAAGGAGCUGACACAGUGAUCUAUGACCGUCUGGCAGACAGCUCUAGGUACAAAGAGAUCACAUUGAAGCACCUGGAACAGUUUGCCACUGAGGGGCUGCGCACUCUGUGCUUUGCAGUGGCAGACAUCAGUGAGUCGUCCUAUCAGCAGUGGCUGGAGAUCCACCACAGAGCCUGCACCUCCCUGCAGAACAGAGCCCUGAAACUUGAAGAGAGCUACGAACUGAUAGAGAAGAACCUGCAGCUCCUGGGGGCCACAGCGAUCGAGGACAAGCUCCAGGAUAAGGUGCCCGAGACCAUAGAGACUUUGAUGAAGGCUGACAUCAAGAUCUGGAUCCUGACCGGGGACAAACAGGAAACAGCCAUCAAUAUUGGACAUUCCUGCAAGCUCCUGACCAAGAACAUGGGAAUGCUUGUGAUCAAUGAAGACACUCUUGAUGGAACAAGGGAAAUACUCAGCCACCACUGUGGAAUGCUGGGGGAUGCCCUCUACAAGGAAAACGACUUUGCGCUCAUUAUCGAUGGGAAGACUCUCAAAUACGCCCUUACAUUCGGCGUGCGACAGUACUUCCUGGACCUCGCCCUCUCCUGUAAAGCUGUCAUAUGCUGCAGAGUAUCUCCUCUUCAGAAGUCAGAGGUGGUGGAGAUGGUCAAGAAACAGGUGAAGGUGAUCACGCUGGCCAUUGGUGACGGUGCUAAUGACGUGGGAAUGAUCCAGACAGCUCAUGUCGGUGUGGGAAUCUCAGGCAACGAGGGUCUCCAGGCAGCAAACUCCUCUGACUACUCUAUUGCUCAGUUCAAAUACCUGAAGAAUCUGCUGCUCGUCCAUGGAGCCUGGAAUUACAACCGUGUAGCCAAGUGUAUCCUGUACUGCUUCUACAAGAAUAUUGUCCUCUACAUCAUUGAGAUCUGGUUCGCGUUUGUCAAUGGCUUCUCAGGUCAGAUUCUUUUUGAACGCUGGUGCAUUGGCUUGUACAACGUGAUCUUCACUGCUCUGCCUCCUCUCACUCUUGGAAUAUUUGAGCGCUCCUGCAGGAAAGAGAACAUGCUGAAAUACCCAGAACUCUACAAAACAUCCCAGAAUGCCAUGGGUUUUAAUACCAAGGUCUUCUGGGCCCAUUGUCUGAACGGCCUAUUCCACUCCGUCAUUCUCUUCUGGUUCCCCCUUAAAGCCUUCCAGCAUGAUACAGUUUUUGGCAACGGAAAAACUCCAGACUAUCUCCUCUUAGGCAACAUGGUUUACACAUUUGUGGUCAUCACAGUUUGUCUUAAAGCCGGCCUUGAGACCUCAUCCUGGACCAUGUUCAGUCACAUCGCCAUCUGGGGAAGCAUCGGCCUGUGGGUGGUGUUUUUCAUUAUCUACUCCUCCCUGUGGCCCCUCAUCCCCCUGGCUCCCGACAUGUCAGGCGAGGCGAACAUGAUGUUCAGUUCGGGGGUCUUCUGGAUGGGCCUGUUCUUCAUCCCAGUCACCUCGCUGGUCUUUGAUGUGGCCUAUAAAGUGGUGAAGAAGGUGUGUUUCAAGACUCUGGUGGAUGAGGUGCAGGAGCUUGAGGCUUUAUCCAAAGAUCCUGGAGCAGUGGUGCACGGAAAGAGCUUGACGGAGAGGGCCCAGCUCCUGAAGAACGUGUUCAAGAAGAGCACAGUCAGUAUGUACCGCUCUGACUCCAUGCAGCAGAACCUGCUCCAUGGCUACGCCUUCUCUCAAGACGAGAACGGAGUGGUGUCUCAGUCUGAGGUCAUCAGAGCAUACGACACCACCAAACAGAGGACCAACGAGUGGUGAGACGCCGGCCUUCUUGUUACUGGCUGGCCAAUCCGGAGCCACAACAACCGUUUCGAAUGGCGAUAUUUGAAGGUUAACGCGGAGAGGCCGAGGUGCAGCAUGUGCCCCCCAGCAAUUAGGGGGAUUUUGGACAUGAAUAUGAAGCAGACAGGGGAAAGUGACAUAGUGUAAUCUUUGAAAAAGGGAAAAAAAACAAGGAACAAAACAAACCAUGUUCACUAUCAGCUGUAGUUGUGUGUCCAGCAGACAUGAUGAGCACUGUGCUUUCUUAGCAGUCUGUGGUCUGAAGGUCUUCACUGUUCUCGCUCAGUUUGUUGGAGUGAAUGUCUCCUAUCUAUUGGUUUAAGGAAGGACAGUUUUAGCACUGAGCCAAAAAUCAUUGUAUUGAAUUGAAAUCAAACUCUUCAACACGGCUAAUAUAAAAGUUAAAACAGCGGGUGACGAUUAGUUUUAGAGGAUUUGAACUUGUGAAAGAUUGCCAAAGAGCAGUCGUAUAUACAAUCUUCCAAUGAAUUCGGAAAACUUUAAACCAAAUGUAGUCACACUCCUGAGUGUGUAUUCCAGCACUAAACGGACCACUUCAGAGCAGAUUAGGAAUAUUUUAUUUUUCUUUUUGCACUUACGGACACAUCUCUUGUGUAAAGCCUUACAUUUGCUCAUGCCUUCAUCUUGUUUCUUUUAAAAUACAUUUAUUUUCUUUUUUAAUU